UGGAAAAAAAAGGAGAAGGGUGUUGGGCCUGGCGGGAGUGCUGAGGAUUGCGGGCGGCUGGGCUGCUCUCCUGGGCGGUGUCCGAGGAGCUGCUGGCCAGGUCGCCCUGGGUUUCCACCAUCCUCUGAGAGGUGUCCGAGCGAGUUGGUUCUACUAGCGAGCCCCUUAAGCCGGCGCGAUGGGUUGCUGCUUCUCUAAGAAGCAGAAGAGUGAGAAGGAGUCGCGGGCUGAGGGACAGGAGGAGCAGCCCAAGCUGUACAGCUGGGACCAGCGGGAGAAGGUUGAUCCAAAAGAUUACAUGUUCAGCGGACUGAAGAACGAAACAGUAGGCCGCUUACCUGGAAAAGUGGCAGGGCAACAGUUUCUCAUUCAAGACUGUGAGAACUGUAACAUCUAUAUUUUUGAUCACUCAGCUACUAUUACCAUUGAUGACUGCACUAACUGCGUAAUUUUUUUGGGACCAGUGAAAGGCAGCGUGUUUUUCCGAAAUUGUAGAGAUUGCAAGUGCACAUUGGCUUGCCAACAAUUUCGUGUGAGGGACUGUAGAAAGCUGGAAGUCUUUCUGUGCUGUGCCACUCAACCCAUUAUUGAAUCUUCCACAAACAUCAAGUUUGGCUGUUUUCAGUGGUACUACCCUGAAUUAGCAGCGCAAUUCAAAGAUGCGGGGCUCAGUAUCUUCAAUAACAUAUGGAGCCAUGUUCAUGAUUUUACACCUGUGUCAGGAGAGCUCAACUGGAGCCUUCUUCCAGAAAAUGCCGUGGUUCAAGACUAUGUUCCUAUUCCAGCUACUGAAGAGUUCAAAGCUGUACGAAUUUCCACAGACGCCAACAGAAGCAUUGUUCCCAUAUCCCGGGGCCAGAGACAGAAGAACAGUGAUGAAUCAUGUCUGGUGGUGUUAUUUGCUGAUGAUUAUACAACUGCAAAUGCAAGGAAACUAAUUGACGAGAUGGUUGGUAAAGGCUUCUCCCUGGUGGAGACAAAGGAAGUGUCAAUGAAAGCUGAAGAUGCUCAAAGGGUUUUCCGGGAAAAGGCAUCCGACUUUGUACUUCUUCUGAACAAAGGUCCUGUGAUUGCCCUAGAAUUUAAUGGAGAUGGUGCUGUAGAAGGAUGCCACCUUAUUGUAAACAAGAUGUUCAACGGGACAAAGAUGUUUGUAUCAGAGAAGAAGGAGACAGCAUCUGGAGAUGUUGACAGCUUCUAUAACUUUGCUGAGAUACAGAUGGGAAUAUGAAGUGAACGGUGGUAUUAAGCCCUUUCCAACCUUUAUAUAGAGAGUCUGAUAAUAUACUUAAUGUAUAUUAGUCAUUUAGCAUUAGUAAUUUUUCUAAAGCUAAAAUUGUUAAAGGCUAUUUUUUAAAAGAACUUUGAAUACCAUAUGAUUUACUUGAGAAUCUGAAAUAGUUCAUUUAAAUUAAUUAGCUCUAAUCAUCUUAUAAACUAUUUAACCUCCUACAGUAAGCUUGCAGUUUUAUUUCUUUUCAUAUAAUACUCUUAUUAGAAAAUAGAAGUGGAUACCAGUUCAUGAUUUUAAUACUAAUUACAAGCUCUUUCAAAGCCGGGUGGUGGCGGCUCACGCCAUUAAUCCCAGCACUUGGGAGGCAGAAGCAGGCAGAUCUCUGUUGAAUUCGAGGCCAGCCAGGUCCACAAAGGAAGUCCAGGACAGGCUAGGGCUACACAGAGAAACCCUGUCUCAAAAAAACUGGAAAAA